AUGGGCCCCUCACGUCAGGUCUAUCUGCUCCCAUUGAAGGACGAUGGCUCCCCAGAUGUCCCCGGCGGAUACAUCUAUCUGCCCUCUCCUGGUGAUGAAGGAUACGUGCUCCGUUUCAUCAUCGAGGGUACCAGUUCAAUUUGCCGACAAGGCAGUCUCUGGGUCAACAUCCCAGAGGAGGGGAAAGCGUUCGAGCGAACUUCGUUCCGCGAAUUCAGUUUAAAGCCCGACUUCAAUCGCAACAUCCAGAUCGAUGUUCCGAUCUCGAGGGCAGGUGCCUAUGCCUACUAUACGACUUUCACCCCGCUUCCGGAGUUUUCUGUAGACUCCGUUCCCACGCCAGAACCUACACAGACUCCUGUUCACUACAUUGAUGUAUCACCAAGAUUGACCCUCCAGGGAAAGCACCUGCCUCUUAAUGCGCUCUCUAUUUUCUCCGUCAUCUCAAAGUUCAUGGGGGCCUACCCCGGGGACUGGGAUAAGCAUCUGCAUGGAAUCAGUCAACGCAACUAUAACAUGGUCCAUUUUACACCUCUUAUGCAGCGCGGUGACUCCAACUCCCCAUACAGUAUCUUUGACCAACUGACCUUUGACUCUGCGUUCUUCCCCAAUGGCGAGAAAGACAUUGCAUCCCUUGUUUCACGCAUGGAGAAAGAAUAUGGGCUCUUGACACUGACCGAUGUCGUCUGGAACCAUACCGCCAACAACAGCAGCUGGCUGGAAGAACAUCCCGAGGCAGGCUACAGCGUUGAAACCGCGCCUUGGCUGGAGUCUGCUUUGGAGCUGGACACUGCCUUGUUGAAAUUCGGUGAGGACCUGGAGGGCCUGGGUCUUCCGACAGAAUUCAAGUCCGCUGAGGACUUGGUGGCGGUCAUGAAUGUUCUCCGCAAGCAGGUCAUCGACGGCAUUCGGCUGUGGGAAUUCUACGCAAUCGAUGUCGAAGCCGACAAGAAGAAGAUCCUGGAUGCCUGGAAGAGCGGGAAAACGGAUCCCGCGAGUAUCCAGCAGGUUGACCUGAGCAAGUUUGGCCAACUUUCACUUAAAGAACAAGCCAAAUUAGUUCACAAUUACGGUAUCCCUGCGUCAAAACAAGUGUACGGGAGAUUUGGCCGCUCCGUGGAUGCCAAGUUCGGCGCCGCUGUCUUGACGGCACUGCACGGUGACUACAGUCAGGAUUCAUCUGUAGCUGACGCGUCGAUUACUGCUCUUCUUGACGAGGUUAACCUUCCCCUAUACGGAGAGUUCGAUAAAGAUGUGGCGGAUAUCAUGGAUCAGCUCUUCAACCGCAUCAAGUACCUCCGUGUCGACGACCACGGCCCCAAGUUGGGUGCCGUCACUAAGGAAAGCCCUCUGAUCGAGACAUACUUCACCCGCCUUCCUCUCAAUGACGUCACGAAGAAACACAGCCCGAAGGCGCUCGCCCUGGUGAACAACGGGUGGAUCUGGAAUGCCGACGCCAUGCGCGAUAACGCCGGUCCCGACUCCAAAGCCUACCUCCGUCGCGAAGUCAUCGUGUGGGGCGACUGUGUGAAGCUUCGCUAUGGUCAAUCGCCCAAGGAUAAUCCCUUCCUUUGGGACUUUAUGACCAAAUAUACCCAGUUGAUGGCCAAAUACUUCAGCGGUUUCCGGAUUGAUAACUGCCAUUCUACCCCACUGGUAGUUGCGGAAUACUUAUUGGACAAAGCACGCGAGAUCCGCCCAAACUUGACAGUCUUUGCCGAGCUCUUCACCGGCUCUGAAGAGGCUGACUACGUCUUUGUCAAGCGUCUCGGAAUCAACGCUUUGAUUCGUGAGGCUAUGCAGGCUUGGAGCACGGCCGAGCUGAGUCGACUGGUUCACCGUCAUGGUGGGCGACCCAUUGGUAGUUUCGAUGUGGAUCUACCUUCCGCUGGCAGCAGCCAUGCGAUUGCGUCCGCGGAAUCGGGGGUCGCUUCAGAAGAAAUUACACACAUCCGACCAUCUCCGGUGCAGGCUCUUUUCAUGGAUUGUACCCAUGACAAUGAGGUACCUGCUCAGAAGCGAGAUGCGAGGGACACCUUGCCUAAUGCUGCCCUGGUCGCAAUGUGUGCCUCAGCCAUUGGAAGCGUGAUGGGCUACGACGAGCUUUACCCGAAGCUCAUCGAACUUGUCCACGAGAAACGUCAGUACACCUCGCCGUUCUCGGGCGAUCAGAAGCUGGAGGUCGGGGCUGGAGAGGGUGGCAUCGGCGGCGUGAAGCGACUCCUCAAUGACCUCCACACCAUGAUGGGCGUCGAGGGUUACGAUGAAACCCAUAUCCACCACGACGGCGAGUACAUAACCGUUCAUCGGGUGCACCCCAAGACGAGAAAGGGUAUUUUCCUGAUCGCCCACACGGCGUUCCCUGGUCACGAGAGCGGUGCUAUUCUGGCCCCGACUCACAUCACUGGCACACAAGCCAAGCAUAUUGGAUCCUGGGUGCUUGAGGUUGAUAGCAGUGAUGACAUGAAAUCGAAGAUUUCCGGUGACGACAAAUAUCUCAAGGGUCUCCCAGGUCGCGUCCGCGACAUCGAUGCGACGAAGAUUGACAGCAACGGGAAAGAUGUGACUAUAUCUGUGCUGGACGGUCUUGUCCCUGGAUCGAUUGCGCUCUUUGAGACCUGGAUCCCUGGUGCGGAGCAUGUCAGCGGGCUGGACAACUUCCUUUCUGCUGGUGCCGAUGAGGCGUUUGCCAACCUCAGCCUAGUUGAUCUGAACUUUACCCUGUACCGCUGCGACGCCGAGGAGAGAGAUUUCUCUAAUGGCGAGGACGGCGUUUAUGACAUUCCCAAGCACGGACCUUUGGUUUAUGCGGGUCUUCAGGGUUGGUGGAGUGUGCUCGAGGACAUUAUCAAGUACAAUCAACUUGGCCAUCCGCUUUGUGAUCACCUGCGCGAGGGACAGUGGGCUUUGGACUAUGUUGUCGGGCGGAUGGAGAAGACUGCUCAGAAGGAAAGCUUCUCUGCGCUCCAGAAGCCAGCAGCAUGGCUUCGUGAGAAGUUUGACGCUGUCCGUGGCUUGCCCAACUUCUUGCUUCCUAGGUACUUCGCCAUCAUCUUGCAAGUGGCCUAUAACGCUGCAUGGAAGGCAGGUAUCCACCAAUUCAGCGACAAUGUGCGUCAUGGUCAGGAAUUUAUCCAUCAAUUAGCUAUGGUCAGCGUGCAGCAAACCGGCCUCGUCAACUCCGCCUCUCUUUGGCCCACCAAGCAAGUACCUAGCCUGGCAGCAGGCUUGCCCCAUUUCGCUGUCGACUGGGCACGAUGCUGGGGUCGUGACGUUUUCAUUUCCAUUCGCGGUCUCUUCCUGUGCACCGGUCGCUUUGCCGACGCUAAGGAGCAUAUUCUUGCCUUUGCGAGCGUGCUCAAGCAUGGCAUGAUUCCCAAUCUGCUGAGCAGCGGCAAGUUGCCCCGAUACAAUUCUCGUGACUCGGUAUGGUUCUUCUUGCAAGCUAUCCAAGACUACACCCAGAUGGCCCCGGAUGGCAAGAGCCUUUUGCAGGAAAAGGUGCCUCGCCGUUUCUUGCCCUACGACGAUACCUGGUUCCCGUUCGAUGACCCACGCGCGUACUCUCAAUCCCCAACCAUUCUGGAGGUCAUCCAGGAGGUCUUCCAGCGACAUGCAGAGGGUAUGUCUUUCCGAGAAUAUAACGCGGGCCCCGAUCUGGAUGUGCAAAUGAAGCCCGAGGGAUUCCAGAUCGACAUCAAGGUUGAUUGGGAAACCGGUAUCAUCUUUGGUGGCAGCCAAGACAACUGUGGCACAUGGCAAGACAAGAUGGGAGAAAGUGAGAAGGCAGGCAGCAAGGGCGUUCCCGGUACUCCUCGUGAUGGAGCCGCCAUUGAGAUCACUGGUCUUCUUUACAGCGCUCUCAACUGGGUCUCGAAGCUCCACGAGUUAAAGGUGUACCCACAUUCAGGGGUUGAUCUUGGAAAUGGCAAGUCGGUCACUUUCAAGGAGUGGUCUGAAAAGGUCAAGGCCAACUUUGAACGCUGCUACUAUGUGCCACUCGACACCAAAGAUGACGCUCAAUAUGAUGUUGACGCGAAUGUGGUCAACCGCCGUGGAAUCUACAAGGAUCUUUACAGAUCUGGCAAGCCUUUUGAGGAUUAUCAACUUCGAGGCAACUUCCCCAUUGCCAUGACGGUUGCACCCGAACUUUUCACCCCUGAGAAGGCCCUGAAGGCCCUCUCGAUCGGAGACUCGGCUAUCUUGGGUCCCGUCGGCGUGGCCACUCUGGAUCCCUCUGAUCUCAACUACCGCCCUUACUACAAUAAUUCCGAGGAUUCAACCGACUUUACUACAUCCAAGGGCCGUAACUACCACCAAGGUCCUGAGUGGGUGUGGCAACGAGGAUACUUCCUCCGAGCGUUGCUUCACUUUGACCUCCUCCGGCGUAAGACGGGUGAGGAGCGAACAGAGUCUUUCCAACAAGUCACUCGCCGACUUGACGGAUGCAAGAAGGCUCUCCGUGAAAGCCCGUGGAAGGGACUUACUGAGUUGACGAACAAGAAUGGAGAGCACUGUGGAGAUUCGUCGCCUACCCAGUCGUGGUCCGCUGGUUGCCUGCUUGACCUCUACUACGACGCUGCCCAACUUUCCUAA